ACUUGUACUGUGUACCAUGUCGUCCAACAACUUGCUUAAGAACGUCUCCAUGUUCGGGUCUCCCUGGAGACGGUGUGACGACAUGAUCGUUCUUUUUACCGCUCCCCAAAAUCUACGAGCCACCUCCUUCCCACCUGACCAAAGGCAUGAGGUUACGUGGCUAACUUACACCAAAUCAGUGAGCAAUGUCAGUGAUUGGUCGAUGCGUUCCAACGUCAUAAACAAUAACGCACUGAAUGCGUCCACAGUUUUGUACACAGUGACCUGUACAUGUACAUGAGACCUGGGCUUCUAGUUGUUGUCUUCGUUAACAGCAAAGGGCUUUGAUCAUGGAUCCGGAUGUGGAUACAACACAAGUUCAUCCAGCAGAAUCGACAGAAGCAUGCGCACAGACGUUUGAGACAUGGUGCUGUGACAUCAACCUUUCCGAGAGUACCAUCUCUGUACUGAAGGAAGAGGGGUUAGACGACCUGGGAGUUCUGAAGUUACUGCCUGCUUCAGAAAUCAACGACCUGGGCAUCCCUAAGGGCCAGGCACUGCUACUAAGGACAGCUCUGAUACGCCUCGCUCUUGCAGACAAUGAAGGAUCAUCAGUGGAUGACCAGGGCGGUCCUUCUAAACCGGAAACACCGGCCACCGUGCCCAAACGCAAACAUCAGCUUCGAGACCUCAACUCCUUCACGCAACGUAAAACAGUGACGCAAGGUCUGAUGGACAUGGCCAUGAUGUCAGCUAACUGCUCGCAGGUUGCUGUGGUCUUGAGGGGCGCAAUGGACGCCGGGACGUUUGGUGGUUAUCAGAUCUUCCUGCUGACGCUGCUGUCCCUGUCCUUGGUGCUGCAGCUGGCCGUCGCCAUUUUGCUGUUCCUCAAGUCACAGGUAAACGUGGAGGAGGCUGAUGACGACGAUGAUGAUGAUGAGCCUAACAGUAACAUGGCCCACAAGUACAACAACUGGGCCAUGAGCCUCACUCUGGUCAUCAUGGCGGACAACGUGCUCAUCUCCAGUCUGGGGAUAAAGUAGUCAGCACGGAAAGAUGCAAAAUUAGUCCAAAGAGAAUCUAUGACAUAAACACGCCAUGUAAUGUUAGCACUCAUAGCAUUACAGCUUUUACGCGGCAUUUAAUCUGAGAACAAAUUACAGUGCUGGAUCGCAAAUUUAAACCAUCUGAAAGGUUAGAAAUAGCCAAUUUCACGUAAAAAGAGCACCAAUUUUCUUUUUCAAAUUUCUGAGGAGGUCAAUGAAAAUAAAUGGUAUUGUAACGCAAUGCUAGUACUCACAGAAGUGUUGUUCCCUAUGACAACAAAUAUCUAGACCGUCGAGAAAAUGCUAUGUUUAGGUACAGAGCCUUAGCCUUAUGGUAAAGCCUUGUAUUUGCUAAACUAGGCUUGAAUAAAUGUGCA